AUGACUGUAUCAGAACCCUCCUUCUCGGCACCUGCCAAAACAAUCACCUUCCAUGGCUUGCUCUUUGAUAUGGAUGGGACUAUCAUCGAUUCCACAGAGGCCAUUGUGAAGCAUUGGCACAAGAUUGGGAAAGAGAUAGGUGUCGAUCCUAAUGUCAUCCUCGCUUCAUCACAUGGUCGAAGGUCGAUCGACGUCCUUAAGAUCUAUGAGCCAAAGCUCGCAAAUGAGGAGUAUAUCUCCCAAGCAGAAGGGUUGAUUCCGAAGGAAUUCGGGCAAGACGCCAUUGAGAUUCCCGGUUCACGAGCUCUGUUGGACAAGCUCGAAGAGAACCUUGUUCCAUGGUCCAUUGUUACCUCAGGCACGCGACCUCUUGUGCAAGGCUGGCUCGAUGUCAUGAAGCUGGCGCACCCCAAGAAUCUCGUAACGGCAGAAGAUGUGCCCAACGGCAAGCCAGACCCGGCGCCCUACCAGAUGGGUGCAAAGAAGCUGGGGCUCCAAGAAAACAAAUCUUCCAUCAUUGUCUUCGAAGAUGCGCCUGCAGGCGUCAAGUCUGGAAAGGCAGCAGGGUUCGUCGUGGUGGGACUUUACACCACACAUACGCUAGAACAGCUGAUAGAAGCUGGCGCAGAUUACAUUGUCAAGGACAUGCGCAGUGUCACGCUGACAUCAUGGGACAAAGCAACAGGGCAAGGAGACAUACAGAUCGCAGAUGCCUUAGUCUAA